GUAGCCUGUAGCAUUCAAGCAUCUUUUAGCUGGCGGAGAGGUGCGCUGUGGCCCUGGGCCUUUGCUUUUGAUAUCAUGACAAUGCAUGUGACAUUGUGAGCAUUUGUUUGGCCUUUGCAGAUUUGGGCAAGUCUAGCAGAAUUGCAAGUGUUGGUAGAUGGCGGGAGAAAAAGCUGCGUACGAGGUCCGCAGCAUUAGAGAAGAAGACCUAGAGUCCGCCGGCGCCGCAUGCUUCGAGGCCUUCAACCACCUUGCACAGCAGGCGCGGCUUCUGACGCCGCACGCUGACUUUGAGAAUGUGAACAUCGCAGUUGGAGUGAUUCGGUCCAAGCUUGAGAAGCUGUCAGAUGGUGUUGACGGCAUUGUUGCGGUGGAUGCGGAUGGGAAGGUGCUGGGGGGCUGCUUCGGAGAAGUCAUGGGGGAGGUUGUCGCUGUCGGGCCCGUGUUUGUCCGCCCGGAGGCUGGGGGCCAAGGCAUCGGAAAAGCGGUCAAUGCGGCGCUGUUGAACAAGAUACAAGAGCGCCAAUGGUCAUCAGUGCGGUUGGUGCAAAACACCAUGAACAACGUCAGCUUCCGGCUGUACCACUCGCUCGGCUACCGCGUCGCCGACAUCUGGUCCUUCUUCACCGGGUUCGUCAAACCCAAAGCGACGGCAGCACACGCUAACCUCGGCGUACGGCGGCUAGAGGAGAAAGACGUGCCGGCAUGCGCAGCCCUUUACACGGAAGCAACCGGCUUGCAUCGGGAGCAGAACAUACGGGAGGCUUCGGCGGCGUGGCCGUCGUGGGUGGUUACUGAGGGGGAGCGAAUAGUGGGCUACAGGACGUCACCCAUCGUCACGGGCCACGGCGUGUUUGAAACGGAGGCCGCGUUUGCUGCGCUCCACGUGGCAGCCUCUAAGGAGUUGCGGGAGAAGGGCGGGCCCCCUCUGGCGAUCCACAUACCGUGUCGACUUUACCCAAAGCUGAUUGACUGGGCCCUCCGCUCGGGACUCAAGCUUGCCAGACAAAACGCACACAUGGUGAUUGGAGAAUACAAGGACCCAAAGAGCCGACCAAUAUAUAGUCCAAGUAUAGAAUGCUAGGAUCGUCCCGUGCCGAGGAUCAACACCUGCGUUGCAGUCCAAUCUAGACACAAGGGCUUUAGACGGUCCUAUUGAGUUUCAAUAUAGGAAGAAUAGCUGCAAUACCUGGACGGACGGUGGUCACUUGCCGAACAAGAUUCCGACGGCCGCAUAUGAUAUAUGCGAUCAGUGCCGGACACAGAAGCACAUCUUAUUCACCGAGUUACUGGAUUAGCAGGUGAAAGAGGACGGUCAUACAUGCUAACUGCAUGUUUGGCAAUAGUUCGAUCAAAACCAGGCAACAAUUUUAAGUGCAAACAUUGUAAAGAAGGCUUGAGAUGAGUUGUACAGAUUGCAUGCAUGCCAGGCCCGGGAGCUAGCAUAGACCAUUUUUCAAUCAGGCGCAAGCCAGCGGCA